UUCAAACUUUCAACAAACACCAAAAAGCAAAACCUAGUGGUAUAAAUACACAUCAAACUAUUCUCAGUAACCACAAAGUUGUUAAACAAAAACACCACCUUUGAAAACAUGGCCACCACAACAACAACAUCAUCGUCAUCAUGUGAUUUCUCAUCCUUGGAAUCUAUUCAACACUAUCUUCUUGAGCUCGAACCAGAUUGUUCCAACACUCUCAUGAGCGUUUACAGUCACCAAGUUUUGCGUUCUCCAAUGUACAAACCACUCCCAAGCCCUACUUCGGAGGUUGUCCAUGAUGCAGAUAAUAACUUGUUGAUAAAGACGCGUGAGGGUCACGCGCCGCCGGUGUGGAAGCGUUUCCGGGGUGUGAGGCGACGGCCGUGGGGGAAGUUUGCUGCCGAGAUAAGGGAUCCGAAGAGGAAUGGUGCGAGAAUUUGGCUUGGAACUUAUGAAACUGAAGAAGAAGCUGGUUUGGCUUAUGAUAGAGCUGCAUUUAAGAUGCGUGGUAGCAAAGCUAAGUUAAAUUUUCCUCAUCUUAUUGAUUCUGAUGUGUCUCUGAAACCUGUUAGCAUGAUGAAAGGUUUGAAGCGAAAUAACUUUGAAUCUUGUUCAUCAUUUUCACCUCCUUCAGACACAGUAAAAGAAUCGAAAAAGAGGAAAAACUUGGCUGAGUUGUUGAAUAAGUUGGCCAAGAACAGAAGACGAUUGCAGGUGUUUGAAACCAGUUUAUACACAAAUGAUGUUAAUGUUCAUCUAUGUUUUAAUUAGUGUAAUUAAGUAUGAUAAUUAGUAAGAGUAGGAAAUGUGUGAGCUUUGAUAAUCAUCCUCGUUUUUAUUGGAUUUUAUUGCGUUUGAGUACGUUUA